GCGCCUCUUCAUAUUAAAAAAAUACCACCCCCUCCUACUUAUCUCUCCUCUCUCUCUUUCUUGAUCCCUCUGCUUCAGCGAGAAACCAGACCCAAAAAAUGUCUAACGUUACCACAGAGCUCGACUUCUUCGGCCUUGAGAAGAAGCAGACCAACAACGCUCCAAACCCCAAGUUCAAGAAAUUUCUUGACCGCCGUCGUAGUUUCCGAGAAAUUCAAGGUGCGAUUUCGAAAAUGGAUCCAGAGGUUAUCAAAUCGCUAUUAGCUUCUGGUGCUAACCAUUCUGAUACAUCCACCAGAUCUCUUUCAGUUCCAUCUACUACUCCAAAGGAAGCUCAUCCUCAUAUCCCCAUUUCUACGGUCCACGCGCCGCUCACUAGGCCCGGUAUGGAACCUGCCUCUGGAACUGUUCCUAUGACCAUAUUCUACAAUGGGACCGUCUCCGUUUUCCAAGUGUCUCCUAACAAGGCUGAGGAUAUUAUGAAGGUGGCCAUGGAAGCAACACCAAAGAAAGACAAAUCUAUGGAGAAAGAUCUCUCGGUAAUUCCUCAGACCACCUUAAGAACAAAGCUCUUUGGCCAGAAUCUAGAUGGAGAUCUUCCCAUCGCAAGGAAGAAGUCACUGCAAAGGUUUCUUGAGAAGCGCAAGGAGAGAGUAGUAUCAACAUCUCCUUACUUUCCGACAUCGGCCUAAACAAACCCUUAUCUCUUUUUUGAUUGGGAUACGAAACCAAAUGGUCAUGUGACACCCAUCCAUGACAUCGAUGUUCGUUUUGCGUUUGGCUUCUCCUCAAUCUUUUGUAAUCCCCUAUCUUUUGCAGAUUAGUAUGUUAUCUAAUAGCAUAUGUUUUCUUAAAUGUUUUUUAUAUCUUAUGUUCAUCACGCUAUGCGCUAUGUUACAACUUACAAGUAUAUUUCUUAUAUAUUUCCACUAUUUUUGUUGAAUUUUUAGAGUUUAGAAAAGUAAAUGAACACGUCUCUUGGCUUCUCGUGAAGCUUCCGUAUAAAAAAGAAAUGUGCCUGUCACGCAUCUUUUAACUUAACGUAUUUGAGUAUAUAUAUUUGUUUGUUUGGUUUAGUCUUGUCAUAUGUAUUAUAAUGGAAAUUAGUUCAAGAAACACGUGAGUGUUACAUCAUUUUAGUAAUGUGUGGUAAAGUCUUGCCGACUAACGUGACUUAUUUUAUGUUAAAAGCACUAGUGUAAGCACGAGUUUGGUGGAACUGUAAAUUGGGAAGAAAAAUAGAUAGAAGGAUAAAGUGAGCGUACUUUGCGUGUCUUCUUUUUAACUAAUACCACUAUCGUUGAAUAGUAUAGUAUCCAUCACUAGCAUUAAGCGAGCAUGGCGUGUCCGGAUUAAAGAAACAAUAGCAAUUCCUCUACAUCACACCAUCAUUUUGUGUUGCCAUGUUACAAUUGAAACAAGAGUAUCUGACGUUAUUAUUGAUAUCUAAAUUAUUUAUGAUUUGAAAGCCUCCUCCCUAUUAACGUAUCUGAAACUGAUAAUCAGGAUCAUCUACAGCAUUCAUUUCAUGAAAUCACAUAUUGUGGGUUCGAUCCCUCGAAACUAAUCAUUGUUGGCAUCUUCAAAGAACCAAUUUUAUAAAUAUUCCCUUUCGUUAUAGUCAACUGGUCUGAUAUGCAGCUAUCGAUUAUUGUUUUGAUUUUUUUUU